AUGUCUCCUUGGUCUUCCGAAAUCAUGGAAUGUUUCCAAAAAAUCAAACCUGAUCUUGAAUCAGAUUUUACCCCAGCAGCGUAUAACAAGCUGUUGAAUACGCUUUUCCCGGUGAAUACGCCUUAUACCGUCUUUCCUCAGGUCCACCGUCAUGAAGAUCUUAGCACCCCAACAGCACGCACAACCUUUACCGUGUACUACAGGAACUCGCCCGUCUUCCUUCUGGACCUCCAUGCGUACCCCACCCUUUCCCGAAUCUCCGCACGAGAGAAUGCCGACGAUCAUAUUCGAAUACACGUCCGGGACUUACUUCCUUUCUGUCCCUUGCCCACUCUACAUGCUAUGAGUGCCUUUGGUACCAGACUGGCGUUCUACACCGCCAGUGCUGGGAACUCGAUCAUGCCUGCCAGGAUGCCACCAACUCCGGGACAAGACUGUCAAGAUACAACACCAUCAGAUUGGUGGGACUGUGAUCUCAUGGAGGAUGAUGGUGCCAUUAGGUUGAAGGAGGUAGUCAACAAAAUUAGAAAUCAGUGCGAGAAUCUGUAA